AUUGGCGCAACACAUAGCUAUGGUGAGCUUGGCCAGAGGGGCCAAUUACAGUCACCAUUGGACCGCCAUGGCAGCAGCAAGCUUUUGCCCUUCACUUCCCCAACACUUUAAACCAGUAUCCAUUUCCAAAUUCCCCCAAACUUCUUUCUCUUUCAAAGUAUUUUCUUCUCAAUCCUCCGCUCCCAAAGGUCCAGAUGAAAAUCCCACACGCUUGGGCUUUCUUGGUCUUGGAAUUAUGGGUUCCCCAAUGGCACACAAUCUGUUAAAAGCCGGAUGCGAUGUGACUGUUUGGAAUAGGACAAAGAGCAAAUGUGAUCCUCUCAUUGAUCUGGGUGCGAAAUAUAAGCCAUCUCCGGCAGAAGUUGCAGCAUCUUGUGAUAUCACAUUUGCCAUGCUUGCUGAUCCUGAAAGUGCAAUGGUUGUUGCUUGUGGAGAAGAUGGUGCUGCAAGUGGGAUGGGUACAGGAAAAGGGUAUGUCGAUAUCUCAACGGUCGAUGGAGCCACAUCCAAGUUGAUAAAUGAACAAAUAAAAGAAACCGGAGCACUGUUUUUGGAGGCUCCGGUUUCAGGGUCUAAAAAGCCUGCAGAGGAUGGACAGCUAAUAUUCCUCACAGCAGGUGACAAAUCUUUAUAUGACAAAGUUGCUCUAUACUUGGACAUAAUGGGGAAGUCAAGAUUUUAUCUAGGAGACGUUGGAAAUGGAGCCGCGAUGAAACUUGUUGUGAACAUGAUCAUGGGAAGUAUGAUGACUUCAUUUGCUGAAGGAUUGCUUCUUGGUGAGAAAGUUGGACUUGAUCCAAAUGUGGUUGUGGAGGUAAUCUCACAGGGUGCCAUUAGUGCACCAAUGUUCUCAAUGAAAGGUCCUUCAAUGGUGCAAUCCAGAUACCCUACUGCUUUUCCUUUGAAGCAUCAGCAGAAGGAUAUGAGACUUGCUUUGGGUUUAGCCGAAUCCGUUUCUCAAUCAACACCGAUUGCAGCUGCUGCAAAUGAGCUAUACAAGGUGGCCAAGUCUCAUGGCUUAAGCGAUCACGACUUUUCCGCAGUUAUCGAAGCACUUAAAGUGAAACUAAAAGAUUAAGAAAAAACUAACAACGAAAACAUUUACUUUCUUUUAUGUGGCAAUUGCCCCUCCCCCCUCGCCCCUCAGGUUCUUAGUGUUUUAUGUGUUGAUUUUGGUUGAACCCAUAAGGUCCUGAGAUGUAUUGUGCCUCAUUGAAUUCAAAUUUGUGGCAUUAUCAACUUUUAUGGUAUUAUAAUGUAGAGAUGAUUAUG